AAAAAAAAAUGGAUCCCAAUAUGUCAUUUGGAUUUGGAAUUCAUGGCCAUGGACAUCCUCCACUUCCGCCAACACAAAAUAUGUUAAAUAGCCAUCCUGGACCAACAUCAAGUCCACCACAGAGCGUACCCGGUCGUCGUACUCCGCUCGGAGCUGUUGGAAUUGGAGGCUUUUAUGCUCAAAGUAGUCUAACAUUGCCACAACCUACAACACAAACUGAUGAAAAUAAAAUCAUUGGAAGUGGCAGAGACAAAUCACCAGUGCCUUCUUCGAGUACCGGUGGCAAACAAAAAAAUCGCCAAGGAAAAGUUGUUAGGCUCAAUAUUAAUGCAAGAGAACGAAGAAGAAUGCAUGAUUUGAAUGAUGCCCUUGACGAACUACGAAGUGUCAUUCCUUACGCUCAUUCACCUUCUGUGCGUAAGCUUUCGAAAAUUGCAACUCUACUCCUUGCAAAGAACUAUAUUCUUAUGCAGCAGAAUGCCCUUGAUGAACUUAGGAGAUUAUUGGCCUACAUUCAAAGCACAACCGGUGCUGCUCCAUUAGAUUUGGGUUCGUUCCCAGCUGCAGCUAAGCUGCAACAACUUUUGGCUGGUCCACAUCCAGAUCCAUCUAGUCCUAAUUAAAAAAUUCUAAUAAAAAUUAUUAUAGCACCUACUGAAAAAAAAUUAUAAACUUACUAUUUAAAAAAUAUUAAUAUAAGAUUUAGGCCGGUAUUUUUUAAAUGCUCAUAACUUAAGAGACACAUAAGCCUAUUCGCCAUACUAUUUAUUACAACUUAUGAGUGAUUUCAAACACUCUAAAGUUAUAAUCGCUAUAACUUCGAAAACUAAACUUACGAGCCUCUUAAGUUAUCAGCGUUUGAAGAAUACAUAGGCAUUAAUAUAGUGCCAAAGAUAUUAAUUUUAAACUUCAAAAUCUUACAAAAGUUAACUUUACAAUCUAUUAAAAAAAAUAAAGCAAUUAAAUGUGUACUUCUAGUCAGAGUGUUACGUGAUAUUUUUAAGAAAUAGACGUUUUUUUUUUCUUUUUGAAAUUUUAAUUUUUAUUAUUUUGUUUUAUAUUUUAUUUUAAGUGACA